UUAGCUGAAUUUGUCAGCAGUCUCAACAGCUGGUUUAGAAUUUCACUUGCAAUUCACUAUGCAGGCCGUCUGAUGUAUGCGUCGAUGUACCGUGUGUGUGUUUGUGCCACGACUAGAUGUGAUCUCGUGACCGAGCGGUCACCUCCACACUCCACUGCUUUGAGUGAAGUAGAGGAAAGAAGGAAGUUUGGCACAGUCCACAAGCAUAUCUAAAACACUGGCCCAGCCUGAACAAAUCCCUUUCAUGGAGUCAGUUCGCACUGUGUUUAAUCACUCCUUAAAGUAAAUAUCACUCCCGUACACACUCCCCUCGCACACUUUCUUCCAGUUUCUUCCUUUCUGCCAGACUGUAAACAGUGAUGUCAUUCUUGGCUCUACACCAAUAAUUUGUGUACUUUCCUGUCUAGGACUCGUUUAGACGACUAAUCCUCUCUUCAUUUAUUGUCCUGAUUUUUUCUUUAUUUUUUAAAAUUAAUGGUUAACGUGAAUCACAUGACCACCCCCAUAAACAUGAAUUACUUUGACCAGUACUUGAACUGAACUUGAAUUUGUAUUGUGUAUAUUUCUUACUCAGUACUUAAGUUGUCAUGUGCGCUGAAAUCUUGUAGGAGUUGAACUUGUUUCCAGAGUUUUCUGUGAGGUACCUGUCUUCCAAAUCGGAUCGGAUGAGGACGUUUGAGGACAUACCGCCCCUUACAGGCCACAUCGGUGUAGUUCAGCUGAAGGGCGUGCAGGAGUGCGCAAGCAGUGAUUUUUUUCUUUUUUUUCCUUUUUUUUUACUACCGCGCUCACCGGUGCAGUCACACCCCGUACCUAAUCAUUUUUUUUUAAAGGUUCAGCUGUAAAUGUAAUUUUAGGAAGAGUUUAAAAAAUACAAAAAAAGUAUAGCUGUUGCAGUAAUGUAACGCAACUGAUAGUUGUAGCGUACCUCCGGUCUGCGUGAAACGUGUUUAAGACGUUUAAUAGAAAUUAACAGCUCUGGAUGAGGUUUCAGCGUUCAUUUUUACCGCAUUUUUCCUCGGCCUUCCACGCGAACGCGCGGCUUCCAGUGCGCGCUCCGGCGAGACUUUUAUUUUGAAAAGCAAAACGCCCCGAACAGGAAGUGCGAGAGCGAUCCGGCAGCGCUGAGCCGCUCGAGCACUGGAGCACUGUGAGGGUCUCUCGCGGGGAUUUUCACCCCCCCAUCGGCACAGCUUUGCACAGCCUUCCGAACCUCAGUCAAAACAGCGGCAUCUGCGCAUCCUUCGCUCACCAUGUCCGAGACCUACGACUUCCUGUUCAAAUUCCUGGUGAUUGGGAACGCGGGGACUGGGAAGUCCUGCCUGCUUCACCAGUUCAUAGAAAAGAGAUUCAAAGAAGACUCGAAUCACACCAUCGGCGUGGAGUUCGGAUCAAAGAUAAUCAACGUGGUAAACAAAUACGUCAAGCUUCAAAUCUGGGACACCGCGGGACAGGAAAGGUUCAGGUCGGUGACACGGAGCUACUACAGAGGGGCAGCCGGAGCCUUGCUCGUCUACGACAUCACCAGUCGGGAGACGUACAACGCUUUGACCAACUGGCUGACAGACGCCAGGAUGCUGGCUAGCCAGAACAUCGUCAUCAUCCUGUGCGGCAACAAGAAGGAUCUGGAUGCGGACAGGGAGGUCACCUUCUUGGAGGCAUCCCGCUUUGCGCAGGAGAACGAGCUCAUGUUCCUGGAGACCAGCGCUCUGACUGGAGAGAAUGUGGAGGAGGCCUUUGUGCAGUGUGCCAGGAAGAUCCUCAACAAGAUCGAAUCAGGAGAGCUGGACCCGGAGAGAAUGGGCUCAGGGAUCCAGUACGGAGAUGCGGCUCUGAGGCAGCUGCGCUCGCCCCGCCGGGCCCAGGCCCAGAGCCCCCAGGAGUGCGUCUGUUAGAGAGCCGGCCCGAGCGAUCUCCAAGCGGAGGCAGGUGCGCGGAGACGAGAGCGGACGCGGGGAGCACGUCGUUUGGCUCGGCGAGCGGCAGAGACUCUUCCCUGACCUUCCUUUCACUUCCAUUCGGACAAGUCGCCGGGGAGACCCAGAGAGCCCCAGUCCCAGGCCCCAGCCCUGGCCCCGGUCCCGGCCCCCGCCCAACUCGAUUGAUCCGGAGCACUUCAAGUGGAGGACGCGACCCCUAACCCUGAACAGCACCCCCCCCCCCCCCCUCCUUUUUCCAAAGUGGUACAGCCCUCUUCGCCAUCAUAUUACACUUCUGCCCCCAUUACCUCUUGCAUAUGUACUUCUUGUAAAAAUAUGGAUUCUAUGAUAUAUGUCAAAGCAUGUUUUAUGACCUGAAUAACAGAGUACUACAUUGUACUACAUUGUUAGCUUAUGAAUCUGAGUGGUACAUCAUUUUUGACAUAUCGUAUUAACUUCGGCCCAUCCCUCCACGAGCUGUCGACUCGGUAGUCUAGUCUCUCACGGAGGCAGCCGUUCUUCAUGUGUCGUCUGGGUUCUUGAUCUGUUCCAGUGACGGUCCAGCUAAUGCGUUUUGUUCAUUUCUUAUAGCAUGCCAGGUACCCAUGCGAUGUUAAUUUAUAUUCGUAAAGAUAGUGUUUUUUUUUUCUUUUUUU